AUGUUGGGACCAAGGUCAAGCUUGGGCGUCCAGCGAACACGCCGGGAGCAGGAGCCCACCGCUUUGAGGCCCGCCGUCUUCGUGGGCGUUGCCUCCCCUCAGCCCCUGGAGGAACCCAGCGUGGGUGUGGGUUUCCAAGGGUUUGACGAGCAGAGCCCCCCUGUCCCCUCGGCACCUUCCCUGUGCCCGGCCAGUGGCGGCGCAGGACCUUCCCGUGUGGCCCCGGCCCUCGGCGGCCUCUCCUCUGCCAGGCCUUCUACCCAGAGCCGAGGGGUGGGCGAAGCUGCUUCAGGGGACUCCUGCCGCCACCCGCCCCCGGCCAACAGGCGAAUCAGACCCAGCUGGGCCGGGGGCCACCUGGAGUCUGCUGGAGGCCCCCAGGCCCCAAAGCAUCUGAACCCACUGAGGAUCAAGCGGCGGGUGACCCUGUCAGGCCGGAAGAGGGCGUCCUGUACCUGUGGCCCCCAGUCCUUCCACCCCACCUGUCUCCUGCUGCUUUCUGGGGAAACCCCUUUCCCGGCGUUCAUGGCCCUCUCCCGGCAAGGGACCCUGAGCGUGGAGACCCUGGACGGCUCAGACCCUGACCCGCCAGAGGGGAGCUCCUUCCUGGAGCCAGAGGCAGAGCACCACGCGGACAUCAUCCUGCUGGGCUCCAGUGAGCCUUCAGAGCUGUCAUCCCCCGCUUCCCCAGGGCCCAGCAGAGAGCUCAUUGCGUAUGAAGUCAAGGUCAACGAGAGGAACAUAGAAGACAUCUGCAUCUGCUGUGGAAGUUUCCAGGUGCACACGCGGCACCCUUUGUUUGAGGGAGGGAUGUGCGCUCCGUGCAAGGACAAGUUCCUGGGCCGCCUGUUCCUGUAUGAUGAUGACGGGUACCAGUCCUACUGCUCCGUCUGCUGCUCCGGGGACACGCUGCUCAUCUGUGAGAACCCCGACUGUACCCGGUGCUACUGCUUCGAGUGCAUGGACACCCUGGUGGGCCCCGGGACCUCGGGGAGAGUCCAGGCCGUGAGCAACUGGGUGUGCUUCCUGUGCCUGCCCUUUCCCCGCAGCGGCCUCCUGCGGCGUCGCAAGAAGUGGCGGGGCUGGCUGAAGGCCUUCUGCGACGGCGAGUCGGAGAACACGCUGGAGACCUACAAAACGGUGCCCGUGUGGAAGAGGGAGCCGGUCCGGGUGCUGUCCCUGUUUGGGGACAUCAGGAACGAACUAACGAGUUUGGGCUUCUUGGAACCUGGUUCUGACCCAGGAAGACUGAAACACUUAGACGAUGCCACCGACGUAGUGAGGAGAGACGUGGAAGGAUGGGGCCCGUUCGACCUCGUGUACGGCUCCACGCCCCCCGUCGGCCACGCCUGUGACCAUCCUCCGGUGUGGUACCUGCUCCAGUUCCACCGCGUCCUGCAGUACGCGAGGCCCCGGCCGGCCCGCCAGCAGCCCUUCUUCUGGAUGUUCGUGGACAAUCUGGUGCUGACCCAAGAGGACCGGACCGUAGCCACUCGCUUCCUGGAGGCCGACCCCGUGACCAUCCAGGACAUCUGUGGCAGAACCAUCCAGAACGUGAACGCGGUGCACGUGUGGAGCAACAUCCCGGCCGUGAGAAGCAAGCAUUCCGCCCUGGUUUCCCAAGAGGCACUGUCCUCGCUGGCUCAGGACAGGCGGAGAAUGAAGCCCCCCGCCCAGGGGCCAGCCAAGCUGGUGAAGAAUUGUUUUCUCCCCCUGAGAGAAUAUUUUAAGUGUUUUUCAACAGGGCUCACUUCCUCUUUAUAAGUGAUUCAUUUUACCAUGAAAAAAAAAAAGUCUUCCUAGAAACGGGCAACUUUCCUUGCAUUGUUUCUUUUUUUUCUC